AUAGCUUGUAGUAUUCUGCUGCUCUGUGUAGUGUUCCAGUUAUCUCUGCAAUUGCAAAAGAUUUCGUACAUUACCCUAGUGUCGAGGAUAUUGUAUUACUAUGACAACGUUAAUAUGUUGGUAUGUCCUGCAGCCGUCGAGCAGAGCUUGAUGCAGAUUUACCUGGGAUCGUCGGGAGCUUCGGAACGAGAGCUGAAAGCUGCUUUGGGCCACACGGGUACAAGCCAGAGUGCCUUUAUGGAGUCCUAUCGACACUCCCAAUCUCUUCUCGCCAGGCAAAAUCCCCAAUAUCACACCGUCAGUCGUUUAUACACAGCCACGAGCGUAAAGAUUCUACCCCAAUACCAAAAACUAUCCCAACAAUAUCUCAAUAUCACUGCGGACAACACACUGAGUGCUCCCGGGGCCAAGAACAUUAAUCAAUGGAUAUCUUCGGAAACAAAUGGUAAAGUCCGAGGGAUAGUAGAUCCCCUAGAGUUUUUGAGCGACUCGUCGAAGCUUCUCUUGGUGAAUGCCAACACCUUUCAAGGCAACUGGAUCGGACUACGCAGAACCGUUCAGGAGAAGUUCUUUGUGCCGCUGGUGGAACGUCAUGUGCCCACUACUAUGUUAGUUCUCGAGGGGAAAUAUUCAUACAUAUUCCAACAGAAAUUGGGUGCCUACGUGGUGAUUAUUCCCCUUGGCAACUCCACAAUGUCCAUGGCUCUUAUUGUGCCCAAAACAUAUAAGGGUAUAUACCAUGUAGAGAAAAACCUACAGCACCUGGACUUGGAUGCCAGUUACUUGAAAUAUGUAAGGAUAACUCUUCCACGCUUCAAAAUCCUAUACAGUCAGGAUAUGACCCAAGCACUGAUUGAUGUCGGAGUCAACCACAUAUUCACUCACGCCGAUCUCGCCCAUCUCACGAAAGUGAAGGAGAAACUUAAAGUCGACAGUAUCUUGCAAUCAAAUUUUAUCGAGGUUAACGAAAAGGGAGUUUCGGCUGGAUCGGCUUCAGAAGAUUUCUUAAUGGCCAGAUCGAAUCUCAAAAUCAGCAAGAUUUUAACAGUCAAUCGUCCCUUCUUGUUUGCCAUUGUCAAGGGAAAAAAGAUAUACUUCUUCGGUCGAUUUACUCGACCCAAUGCUUAAGCAUGUAAUCAUUACAAGUAUGA